GGAGUAGAAGUUCGCUGAUGGCAUGAUGAAUACAGAAUACAGAGCGGUGUAGGAUUCGGUAAGGUAUUGAAAGAUUUGCCGUACCAAGUGGGUCAUUUUCAAUACGGGAUCGUCAUAUACCUUCCCAAUGCGGUUAGCCUUUGUGACAGACAACCGGUAAUUGCUCGGUUUCAAGUUUCAAUGCAGAAAAGCCGCGGUUCAAUUUCUGUGCCAUCUUUCGUCUCCUUGAAUCUGCUGCAUAUAACUAUGUGUAUGCAUCUUAAGAAUAAAACCGUCAUUGUUUUCCCGUUGGUUUUUCUUUUUACUAUCCCCGUGGGUCACUAUGGGUGCCUCUGAUAUUCCCGACCUUACAUUCACUCCCAUCGAGGAGAUCCAGGAGCGUGUCACUCGUGUGCAAACGACCUUCUUGGAGCACAAGACGCGCGAUGUCGAGUUCAGGCUGGUCCAGCUCCGGAAGCUGUACUGGGCAAUCAAGGACCAUGAACAGCAGAUUGUCGAAGCGCUCCGGCUCGAUCUAAACAAGCCCCGUUUCGAAUCCGAAAUUGGGGAGAGCAGCUGGUUGGAAAACGACAUUGUUUUUAUCUCGCGCCAUCUGUACAAAUGGGUCAAGGACGAGAGCGCUCCAGAUAUCGACCUGACCUUCAAGUUCAUGAGCCCUAAGAUCCGCAAGGACCCUCUGGGAUGUGUGUUAAUUAUUGGUGCUUUCAACUUCCCCUUCCAGCUCACCCUCGGACCUGUCCUCGGCGCUAUCGCUGCAGGAAACACGGUCGUGAUCAAGCCGAGUGAGAAUGCGCCCAGGAGCGCUGCUGUCAUGCAGAAGAUCGUAGAGUCUGCGCUGGACCCCUCCUGCUACACGAUCAUUCAGGGAGGCAUUCCCGAAACCCAGGCUCUGCUCGCGGAACGAUGGGAUAAGAUCUUCUUCACUGGCGGCGCCACCGUUGGACGUAUCAUUGCAAAGGCUGCUGCUCCCCAUUUGACCCCUGUGGUGCUGGAGCUGGGCGGCAUCAAUCCCGCGAUUAUCACCAAGUCUGCAAACCCCCGGCUGGUCGCGCGGAGACUCCUCUGGGGUAAGCUCAUGAAUGCUGGCCAGAUCUGUACCUCGCAGAACUAUCUGCUCGUGGAUAAGGCUCUCGUGCCCGCCGUGGUUGAGGAGUUCAAGAAAGCGUACAAUGAAUUCUACCCCCACGGAGCCAAGGCCUCCGCCGACUACGCUCGCAUCAUCAACGAAGGUGCCUUCCGCCGGAUCAAGUCCAUGAUUGAUAACUCCAAGGGCAAGAUCCUCAUGGGUGGAACUAUGGAUGAGAAGGACCUCUUUAUCGAGCCCACCGUUGUCCAGGUUGACUCGCCCGAUGACUCUCUCCUCAUCCAGGAAAGUUUUGGGCCUCUGAUCCCCAUCCUCCCCGUCGAGAACCUCGAGGAGGCGGUCAAUAUCGCCAAUUCAAUCCAGAGCACCCCUCUCGGUAUCUACCCAUUCGGCUCCAAGGCCGAUACAGAGAAGAUCCUCUCCAUGACCCGGUCUGGUGGUGUCUCCGUCAACGAUGCCGCAUUACACAUUCCCACACUCCCCUUCGGCGGCGUGGGCGAAUCCGGCUACGGCGCAUACCGUGGCCGAUCCAGCUUCGACAUCUUCGUCCACCGUCGCCCCAUCACAAGCAGCCCGGGCUGGCUUGAAUCCUUGCUGGCGAUCCGCUACCCGCCUUACGCCGGCAAGCUCAGCAAGUUCAAGGCAGGCAGCACUCUGGUGCCUGACUUUGAUCGCACAGGCCAGAAAGUUACCCUGGGCUGGUUGCGGUUUGUCUUCACACUCGGUGGAGGAUCCGCAAAGGCUGGUGCUGGUAGGGCUGUCAUUGUUGCUGCUGGUGAGUGAAACCGGUGUAUUGUGUUUGGGAUGUAAUCUUUUUUUUUUUUGUUUCAUUUCCCUUCUAUUGAUAUACCCUACUUAUACCUACUUAUACCCUACUUAUACCCUACUUAUACCCUACUU